AUGCUGUCGUGGUCGGCGACGCACGCCAUAGCACUUGGGCUCGUAUGCCUGGUUUAUGUCGUGCCUCUUGUCUCUGCCGCUAAAGACUUUUAUGAUAUCCUAGGCGUAAAGCCUCGAGCGUCCGAACGGGACAUCAAAUCCGCGUACCGAAAAAAGGCGCGGGACAUGCACCCAGACAAGCACCCAGACAAAGCAGAGGCGUUUAUGGAUGUGUCCGAAGCAUACCAAAUACUAUCCGAUCCGGAGCUGCGCCGGAUUUAUGAUGCACGAGGAGCGGAUGCAGCCCUACAGCACCAAGCACGCAAAGAGAAUGGACAUGCUGAUCCUUUCGAUGCGUUCCGACAGUUUUUUGGCGGUGGCGGCGGCAGUGGGCACAUGCACGACGAAACGCCAAAAGGUCCUAACAAGAUGUACGAUGCAGAAGUGUCACUGAAAGACUUGUAUUUGGGGCGGUCGUUUACCGUCGCACACAAACGUCAUGUCGUGUGCCCGGCGUGUUUUGGCUCAGGUGCGCAUUCCACAUCAGAUAUCCAUACAUGCAAAGCUUGCAAUGGUCAGGGCAUGCAGCUGCAUCGCCAACAAAUCAUGCCUGGCUUUGUGACCACGAUGCAAGUGACAUGCCCUCACUGUAACGGUGAAGGCCGUGUGAUCAAGCGCCUGUGCAGCCGGUGCAAGGGCCAUACGAUUGUUCCAGAUGUGACCGACAUUGAAGUUGAGGUGGAACCAGGUGCGCGUGAAGGCGCCGAGUAUGUGUUUGAAGGCUUGGCGGACCAGAGUCCAGAUGCCGACCCAGGUGACGUCGUCGUCAAGGUGUAUACGACCACCUCACCCGGUGACUUCCGCCGCAUGGGACAUAACCUGUACUACACACAUACCAUCUCUCUUCAUGAUGCCCUCCUCGGCUUUGAGCACACUCUUCCUCAUUACGACGGUCAUGCGAUUCGCCUGGCUCGCACGACGGCGACUCAGCCCGGUCACGUGAGCGUGAUCCAUGGCGAAGGAUUGCCCAUACCCGACGAGGAGCGCAGGCAUAGCGAGGACCAUGGAGACUUGUUUGUCGAAUUCCAGGUCAUUGUGCCUGAGAUCCAAGACAAGAAGACGAGGAAAGCAUUGUCUUCAUUAUUGCAGCCCAAGGAGCAGCAUCAGGAUCUAUAG